AUGGCGACCGAAGUGCCGUUCACCGCCGACGCCGUACGCAGUAUAGAGCUAAUUCCUUGUGCACAUGCGCCCACCAAACCACCAGCCCACGUCUACGACAAGAUCAUUACCGUCGCGGUCGGACCGGACAAUGCCAAGAAGAAGUUCAAGAUCUAUCGCGGGCUCCUGUGUCACUUCUCCAGCUACUUCGAUCGCAUGCUCAACGGUUCCUUCCGGGAAGGUGGCUCAACGUACCUUCGACUAAAGGAUACCGACGCCGACACCUUCGACGUGUUCUUCUAUUGGCUCAAUUCUGGUGUUGUAGGUUUGGCGGACAACGGAGGCCUUCUGGACUGGGGGAAGGUAAUGAAGGCCUACGUGUUCUCCGACUUUCAUCAGGCGCCUAUCUUCAAGAAUGCUGUCUUGGAAUCUCUAUACACUCGUUGGCUGUCAGAGAAUGUGGUCUCUGUCGAUGUUACAGAAUUCUUGUACACCAACACAUCUGAAGGGGACAGUAUGAGGAAGCUUAUUGUCGAUAUAAUGGCGGCAUCGGGCAACUUCAGGGAAUAUACACAAACGUUUACACCUUGUGAGAACUUUAUCAACAACAUCUACACCUCCUUCAAGGAAACCAACUCCAACACUAUUACGAUGAGCCACCCAUUAGCAUGGUGCGCACACCCGUGGACCGCGCCUACCAUCACCAACAAGCACGACACAGUCACGAUCAACGUCGGCUCCGGCAGAAAUAUCCAGCAGUAUGAUCUACAUGUCGAAGCACUCAGAGCGCGCUCGCGACACUUCCAUGAGGCCCUUUCAGCCUCCUCAAACGAGGAGCGCACAGCGAUCCACCUCGCGUGCUCUACGCCAAUGCGAUUCGACGUCUUCGCCAACUGGCUUUACAAAGGCAGCUUAGACUCCAGCAAUGACACCGAUUUGAGAUACCUCUUCUUAUGCGAACUACACGUAUCUGCCGACACCUUCGAUAUCCCGCUUCUGCGCAACAAGAUUGUGGAUGUGUUCUUCAACAAGCUUUUGAGCGACGCCCAGCCACUGCCAUACGACAUCAUGAAGUACAUCGAGGAGCAUCUGAGGGACUCUGCUUUGAGGACCAUGAUGCAAGACAUCAUGCUGAACUGCGGUGAGACGGAGGACAUGGCCGAGUGGAAGGUCAACCUUGCGAAAGGCUUCAGGAUGGAAGGUGGUAGAAACAAAGACGUCGCUGAGACAAUUGGCAGGAGUUCAGAUGUGAGAGAAUACCUGCACGGCUUGAGGGGAAAGGUAUGCGAGAGAUACCACGACCAUGUAGAGAGGGAUGAAAUAGUGGUGGGACGUGAGGGGAUGUGGUUCUUCGAUCCACCUCUUAACUAA